AUGGUACGCUUGGUGGGAUCGAAGCUGCUAGCCAGGCUAUUACUACUGAUAUCGUCCGUCACGUUGAUAUCGCUGAUGGUAUUAACUCGCUGUGGUUUAGGCGGACUAAUAGUUAAAGAAAAUGCAUCGAUCAUCAGUGAUUCUGGCAAUGGGGCAGAGAGCGAUGCUGAAGUCAACUAUGUCGGUGAACGGAAGCCUCCAUUGGCACUCGAAUAUGUUCAGCAGCAAAGCCACUACCAAUCAGAUGCUGAACAACAGCAGAACGGUUACUUGCAAAUGUUGCAACAGCGCGAGGAAGAAAACCUCAAAGAGGUAGCGAAACUGACGGCUGAAAUAAAAGCUUUAAAACUCCAGAUCUUACAGUUGAAAAAUAGAUUAAACAGUGCUGGAAUAGGUAUGCUGCAGGCAGGUGUGGCAGAUGGAACUUCCUACAGUUAUGUAGCAAAUGAUAGUAGCUCGAUGCUAGCUAACGCUAACGCCCAACCGCCCCAAAUGACGCAUGAUUGUACAGCAUUCAUAAGACGGCAGGUGGGAUCGGCCGAGAUAUUGCACGGUUUGCCGCUAAACAACGAGUAUGAGCUAAUCCCAUUCAAUCAUUUCACCUUCAGCCGGGUCUAUCCGAUCGAACUCGGACUCGGAAAACGAGUCGUCGAAAAACCAAUUGGCUACAAAAGAAAGGAUCUUUUGAGCGCUCUAAACAAGGGACUGGAGACCCUCAAUCGGAACAUUUCGGCAGCAACUUUGCGCUACACGUUGGAUGAUUUUAUUGAAGGCAUAUAUCGCAACGAGCCCACAACCGGCACACAGUACGAGCUGUAUUUUCGUACGAAGGAAUUCCAGAAUCGAACUCAACAGCAACAGCAAGUGACGCCACAUCAUGAAUCACACACGCACGGUACCACGAAGCUGAUAGUCAUGCGACCGUUUGCUUCAUUGCAGACAGUGCAGUUCGAAGCUUAUCCCAAACAACACGAAAAAGAAAUCAUUUAUAUUAUCCUUCCGCUCUCCGGCCGCAUCAGUACGUUCCAAAGCUUCAUGGAGAAAUACGUGAAGAUAGCUCUCAAGCAUGAUAGACGUGUACAUCUAACCGUCGUCUAUUUCGGCGAGGAAGGACUAGCGGAGGCGCGAACGAUUAUGACCCGAGUCAUUGGAAUGAAGAACAGUGGAGCCACCAACUCCAACUUGAAGCUGCUCGCACUCAAUGAAACAUUUUCCCGAGCAAAAGCGUUACGAGUGGGAGCGGAAAAUGUGUGGAACUCACAGGCAGGCAAGAACAGCGACAUACUGCUGUUCAUGUGCGAUGUCGAUAUCGUAUUUAGUGCUAAAUUCCUAGAUAGAUGUAGAUGGAACACCAAACCAAACAAAAAGGUAUAUUAUCCAGUGGUCUUCAGUCUUUACAACCCACAUGUCGUCUAUACACUGCAGGGCAAAGAUGUGCCUCCGGAAACGGAUCAGUUGGUCAUCUCGAAAGAUUCGGGGUUUUGGCGAGACUUUGGGUACGGCAUGACCUGUCAGUAUCGCUCCGACUUUUUACGAGUGCGUGGCUUUGACGAGGAGAUCAUCGGUUGGGGCGGAGAAGAUGUGAUGCUAUAUCGCAAGUACGUUCGCUCUCAUAUCAAGGUAAUACGGGCUACCGAUCCGGGAGUUUUCCACAUCUGGCAUCCAAAAGUGUGCACCGGACCGAUUAUGUCGUUAUCCGCUGUCAACCAGCGGCUUACUCCCGACCAGUACCGGGCCUGCAUUCGUUCACGCGCCCUCAACGAAGCUUCACAUGCGCAGCUUGGUUUUCUAGCUUUUCGAGAUGAUAUUGCGGCAAACGAAUAUUUGCUAGCGCAAGGUGCCAAACUUAACCAAGAUUCCAAUGCGACCAAAAGUAACCUCAUCCACUCGGAGAACAGUUUGGUGCAAAACACCACAAUGUACAGCAGAGAUAGCAUCAAGAUUGCUGCAGGACCGAGUGGGACGCUGAGUAGGGGUGUCAAUGGUAAGAAAGCCACAUGA